AAAUGACUUUCCAAACCAAUUCUUACAACGAAUAUCUAAUUCCACCGUACGCGUCCUCGGACAUGCCUCCUCGUCGUAGAUGGUGGUCACGUCCAAUAGUGACACUACCGCCAACAAAUGGUCGUAGAGCCACUUGUAAGGAAACUACGGUUUGCUGUAUACCUUUUUGCGGCGCAAUAUUCACCAUCAUCGCCGUAAUGGUAUAUCUCUUUCACUUCGUCGACAAUGCUCAAUGUGACGCCAAAUUCGCCAUCCAAUCCAUCGCCGUCUCUCCCUCAGACACUUGGCACGUUGAUUUUCUCGUCAAAAACCCUAGCCCUAGGUUUUCUAUCUACUACGAAGGCGAUGAGACUGAAGUGAGUCUCGGUACCUUAAGCGCUGCCGUUUUGAAUACUUCUCAUGAACGUAAGUCGCCAAGUCACACGGCUUUCUCAGUGGAUUUCGUUGCGGAGGGUAAUCCAAAUGACGUCGUUUCCGAACAAUUAGAUGUCAAAUUAAGGGGUACGCAUAAGAGUUACGGAGAAAACUAUGAUAACGCUGGACAUAUUGAUCUUUUUACCAAUUCCGUCUCCGUCUCAAAUGCAAACGCAAACGUUUCAGCCGCUGAUUGGACGAUUGGUUUCGUUGCGAGGAGUCCAGUCACCGGCUGUGAAGUCUCUAUUCAUACACUCAAUUCGCGUUUACUCCGAGGUAGUGAAGUUAUCUCCAAAUCAUCAUCGUCCCCCUCGUCGGGUUAUUUCGUCACCGGAAACAAAACAGACGUCGUUUUCGAGAAGGUGGUUAUGCCGAAAGUUAUUGGCGACGUUAUUUGGAAUGCUCGGGUUGAGAUUAUGUUUGCGAUGAAUACAGAUGUUAGAUAUUUAAAUGGUUUUUUGAUGGCGGCUUGUCCUCGUAUUCCGGUGAAAUUCACGACGGAUCAGGCGGGGAAGGUCACGGGAUCGUUGCUUGGAAAUGUGAAACGGUGUGAUUAUAUAUUCCAGAACCAUUUGGCUUAAUAUUCUCUCCGAUCUUGAAUCGAUGGUUUCUAUUAAUGGGUGUUGUUGGCUUAGGUCAUUUAUUUUGUUUUAUUUUUAUUGUUAGAAUUGGGAUAUAUUAAUAUA